AUGGCGCAGGCGGAGCUGCUGUGGGCGGCCGCCUGGCUCAUGCUGCUGGGGGCCGCUGUGGGCGUCUGCGUGAGGUGCCAGCUCUCCGCGAGUAAGCGAGAGAAGAAGCAGAGCGAACGGAGCAGGCGGCUCGAGAACCAGCAGAGCUUUGAGGUGAUUCGGUCCCGUUCUAUGCUAGCUACAACGAGAAGGCUAGAACAAAUUAAGGAAGCAGAAAACUUACCAGUGACAAGGAAAAACAAUGAGGAACUCAAUACCGCGUGUCGUAUUGGAAGUGGGCACAGGGCUGAAUCCAGGUACCAGAACUUCCUGAAAGGUAAAUGCUGCAACCGCACGACGGGGAUGAGUGUUCAGGGGCCGAAGUGCUGGAAGGAACUGCUGCUGCUGAAACCAGGAGAAGUUGCUCUUGCACAGGCAGGGAGUGGGGCUGGCUGUAAGGGAACACCUGGCAGGGAGCACAUCAUGGAGGGUCUGGUGCUACCCCGGGAGGAAGACCCUGGGGAUUUGCUGUGGCGCAUGGAUCCAGUGCGGCUGAACACUUUGCUCCUGCCACUGAGCGCAGGUGGAGCGUUUCGUUUUAGUCCGUUUGGGAUCACUGGAGAGGUCAUGCCUGGCCAGCCUCACCAGCAAAACCACUCAGCUCUGCCUGUGGACAGGCUUUGGGACUCUGUCGGAGAUCUUGGGCUGCUGGGGACCUCUGCUGCCACCACAGCUGUGGUGUUUGGUGCCUGGGGCUUGAAGUUAGGCAUGGUACCAUGUCCUAAUGACAGACUGUUUGUCCUUGCAGAAGACUGCCUACAAGAGGAUGCUGCCUACGUUGACCCAAUAUCCUUUGAUUACUACAACUGCGUGAAGUUCCUCACGCCACCGAAUGAAGAAGAGGAGGAUUCCUAUUCCUAUCAAAAUGUCAUCAUUGGAACAUCUCACAGCUCUGAUUCAGUCACAGAUGACACAGGAGACUAUGAGAACAGCGCAGCAAUACAUAUAUGGAAACUCCAGCAAGUGGAAGAAAGCCAGGAUGAUGAGCCAGAUUAUGUUAACACGGACCCCGAUUCAGGCUUUGCACCUCUGUCAAAGCAAAGUUUUUGCUAGCACAGUAAUGCUGUAAACCAGCCUCCCCACCCCCAUCCAACAAGCAAAUGCCAAUACAAGUUUUCAGUACAAAGGACUGGCUGACAUGGAAGCUCUCCACCAAGGGAGGAUGGAUUCUUAAAUGGGCUUCUGGCAUCUUGAGACUCUUUGCACUCCUCAGGGAUAACCAUCAGGCAGUGUGACUGGGGCAUCUGCUUAGAUUUUAAAAAUUUUAUAGCACUUCGGAAAUAUACUUCACUACCAACCACUAAAAAUAAAAUGUAACAGGCAGCAGAGUUAAGGUGAAAGUGGGCAUUCAAAGUCAGCAGACUUACUUUCCCCUCCCUCCU